AUGUUAGUCGCAUUGAUUCUCGCAGGAUGUGUGUCGUUAGUGGCAUCAGAUCUCCAACUACCCCCUGGUUUCAACUUGCCAGCAAUCACUCAUGUGGACAGGAACUGGUAUGUGAUGUCUUCAGACCCCAUUGGGUCAAUCGUCACUAGAGUUACCAGAGAGCGUACUGGCAAACAUAAUGUCACCUUCGGAUUGGACACGGGUGGACCCCCGACGCCAUUCGCCAUAGAUCCUCACACGGGUGUCGUGGUUGUCAACGACACAUUAAAAGAUAAGGAAAAUAAAUCAUACUCAUUAUGGGUAACGGCAGACGACGGCAUCUCGCUGCCCCAAAGGACAGAAGUCUUCGCGACAGUUACGGACAAUUCCGGUGUCAGACCAAAACUGCCAAGACCACCGCCGUUUGCGAUCGCGAACUAUGACGGAAUGGCGUUACAACCAAAGUUCCCUAGACCCAUAUUCAGCACCACCAAAGCACCACACACAGACCCCACUAGCCCAGAAACAAUAGCCGCCACAACCCCCACUAAACCACCAGAUAUACCGACGGAAGAGAAGUCCAAAAUUGAGGUAAAUGAUGCGAAGAACAGCACAUUGCAAGAAACAAAAGGAAAUGAAGUUCCGUUGACAGUUAUACCGUUAAUAGCGAUCGGAGCUUUAAUAGCAAUAGUCGCUGGAGUAAUAAUCUUCGUUUGGAAGAAGAGGCAUGUGAAAAGAGCCAAAAGUACAAAAGAUGAUAAGAGCAAAGACUCGGGUGGGAUUGUACUACAAGAUACCUCAGUCAACUUAUGGGACCGUCCCCGGGCAUAUUCCAAUCAAUACAAGUCUUGGGACAACGGCCAUUUACAGAUAUCUGAAGAAACUACAAUAAGCAAAGAAGAACCCAGCGAUGUAUGGGAGUUUCCUCGAUAUCGCUUGAAGAUCUUCAACAUUGUUGGCGAAGGUGCCUUUGGACAAGUGUGGCGUGCGCAGGCUGUGGAUAUUGAUGGUAAAAAGGGGGAGCAGACGGUAGCAGUAAAAACGCUAAAAGGCAACGCGUCUGAAAAGGAAAAGACCGACUUAUUGCAAGAGUUAGCUGUAAUGAAGUCGUUAGGGACGCACCCCAAUGUCGUUAGACUCGUCGGAUGUUGCACGGAAAAGGAACCAACCCUUGUUAUUAUGGAGUUCGUGAGUUUGGGCAAACUGCAGCAGUACCUACGAGACUCCAGAGCGGAGCGUCAUUAUGGUAACACUCAUGGUGGAAGCCUCUUCCUCACUUCAAGAGAUCUGACGCACUUCGCCUUCCAAGUAGCCAGGGGAAUGGACUUUCUUAGUUCCAAGGGAAUUAUACACAGAGAUCUAGCGGCUCGCAACGUCUUGAUAACAGAGGAGAGGACGUGCAAAGUAGCCGACUUUGGUUUCGCAAGAGACGUCGCGGGAACACAUGUGUAUGAACGUAAAAGCGACGGUCGCUUACCAAUAAGAUGGAUGGCGCCAGAAUCGCUGUACGACGACAUAUUCAGUGUAAAAUCGGAUGUAUGGAGCUUUGGAGUUCUAUUGUGGGAGAUUGUGACUCUCGGAUCCACUCCGUACCCUGGUCUGUCAGCUGGGGACGUUAUGAGGAAGGUCCGCGAAGGCCACCGCUUGGAAAAACCGGAGCACUGUCGCCGCGAAUUAUACAACAUAAUGUACUAUUGUUGGGAAGCAGAACCGAGCUCCCGGCCGGAGUUCAAGGAAAUCGUCGUGAUGCUGGAACGAUUAUUGUGCACUGAAAUGGACUAUAUUGAGUUGGAGCGGUUCCCGGAUCAUUCCUACUACAACGUACAGCAUUUGGAUGGAGAGAAGUUGUAA